AUGGUGGUCUCGGUGAAAAACGACACACGGCUGACCGGUUCUCAGAGCUUCCUCUGCUCCGGUUUCGCUGGUUUCUUUAGCAAAACAGUCACGUCCCCCUUGGAAGUGGUGAAGAUUAAAAGUCAGGUGGGAACUUUUCACUGCAAAGGAGGCUUCCUUCAAACUUUUAUCGUCAUCUACCAGAAUGAAGGACUUCGAGGAUUUUGGAAAGGAAACAUGGCCUCCUGUCUCCGACUGUUUCCAUAUACAGCAGUUCACCUCACAACAUACAAGAAGAUAGUCCACCUUCAUAUGGAUGAGUGGGGCUCCAUCUCUCAGGGGAGGGCCAUACUUGCUGGAGGGUUGGCUGGUGUCGCUGCAGCCCUGCUCACAUAUCCUCUGGAGGUGGCUGAGACCAGACUCAUCAUUCAGAACUGCAGACAGCCCUCCUAUAUCGGUGUAGCUCACACGCUCUCAAAGGUCUACAGGAAUGAAGGGCUCUCUGCGCUUUAUAGAGGAUUUUCCCUCACUGUUUUGGGUGCAGUCCCCUUCUCUCUGGGAUGCUAUGCUGUUUACAUGAAUGUAGACAAGCUGUGGCCAGAGCCAUCUUUUCGCUUUACUCCUCUGCAGAACUUCAUUAAUGGCUGCCUUGCUGCUGGAGUGGCUCAGACGCUCUCAUACCCCUUUGAAACCGUUAAACGGAAAAUGCAGGCACAGAGUCCCCGUCUUCCCCAUUUCGGUGGCGUUGAUGUCCACUUCACUGGAAUGAUGGACUGUUUCAUGCAGGUUGUUAGAAGCAAGGGCGUCCUGUCUCUGUGGAAUGGACUAACAGCAAACACAAUAAAGAUCGUUCCCUACUUCGGCCUUCUUUUCACCUGCUGUGAGAUGUGCAAGCAGGUUUGCCUCUAUCGUAACGGCUACAUCGUCUCACCUCUGAGCUACGAGCCCACGCCGGGGGUGGACCAGAGCCUUGGGCCGUCCGAGCUGGAGGAGGUCAAGCGCUACUUGAAAAACAGGAACUUUGGGUCAGGGGAGUCGUCUUUUGGAAACCGCUGGUGAAGCUACACAUGGAAACAAUGCUGUGCUGAAAAAGCAGGAAAAAUAAACUUCAUCCCAGAGACUAAAACUGAGACUCUUGAAGAAAAAAAUGUAUUAUUUUUAUCUGAAAGUAUUAAUUAUAAAUUGCACCAAUUUAUGACUAGUUUUGUGUAAAAACAUGUGCCUUUGAUGUUAAAUAUUUAUUUUGGCUCAUUUUGCAGUUUUUUACUGCAUUAAUUUCACACUGUGCCGCAGCCUUUUCUCAUGAAUAAUACUGAAAGAUGCUUUUUAACUCCUGACGUUAAAAUUUAAACGUUAUAACUGUAAAGACCCAAGAAAAUGAAAUGUUUUAAUCCUUCAACACAAAUGGAUAAUACAAUGAAUUACAGUUGAAGGAAUCAAACAUUAAAAUGUUUACUUUUAACAAACCAAAAAGUGUUUGGUUAUUUUUUUUUUGUGUUUUUUCUUUUGACCCUAAUUAAUACUGUAUGAUGAAACUACCUUUAAAAGCUGACAUUUUUAUUAAAUAAGUUUAAUUUGCCCUAAUGUUUGCUUUAUUUUUAUGGAAAUUACUACUUCCAUUUGUGUAUAGUUUUAAAGGAAAGUAUUUUCAUUGCAAAUGGUAAUUAAUAAAACAU